AUGUUGAAUUGGACUAUAAUUAUCUCUUCGUCACUCUCUAUUAUUCAUGCUAUGGAUUUGAGUGUCAAUUCAUGUUAUAAUGAUACAUCCUGUGCAUACUAUUGUGACAAUAUAAAUAAAAUAUGUCAACUACAAAUUCCUCUCGGACAAAAAUGUUCAGGUUAUCAUAUUCAUCAGCGUGAAUGUGGAAAUACCGCAUGGUGUGAUAGUCAGCAAAAUUAUACAUGUCAACCGCUCAAAUCUGGCGGUAAAAGGUGUAUUUCUAAUCAUGAAUGUGUAACAAAAGUGUGCAAUAUGUUAGAAGGCAAAUGUAAAAUAAUAAAUCAUUCAUCAUCGUCAUCGGACAAUAUGUCAGACAAUAUCAUCAUACUUGGAAUAUUUUUAGGUUUUUGUUUCUAUAUCGUGUGCUGUUACGCUUGUUGUACACCACGACAAAAUACGAUCGUAAUACGGCGAGGAGACGGUACAUUACAGUGUUAUCCGGCUUUACCAAAUGAAACAAUCGUCGCGAUACAUCCAGAUACAUUGAAUUUCACUCAAGAAUUGUCAGAAGACGAGCAACACCAAGUUAAUGAUGACGAUGCAAUAACUGAAAUCCUGCCGCCGCCAUUCACUCCACCGCCUCGCUACAGUUUACCACCACCAUAUACUCCUUAA